AUGUCCGACAACACCAGCUCGCGGUUCGCGCCGCAGAACAAGUCUACCCACGAGCGGCUCUCGACGAACACGGUCGGCCUAGUCGCCCUCUCCGACUUUCGCAAGCGACGCGCCCAAGUCCUCGAGCAGCAGGAGCGCGAAGCCCGAGAAGCCGCCUUCUCUGGUGCAUCAACGCCCGACCGCUCGCAUACGGCGACUCCCGACAAUGCUGGCAGCGACUCGGCGAGCGGUCCCGGGAUGGCCCCGGCCAAGAAGAAGAAGAAGAGGCCGCAGGGGAAGAAGUUGCUGUCCUUCGAUGACGAAGACGGAGACGAGGGGGACAGCUCUGCCGCCGAGAAGAACGGCCACGCCAAGUCCAAGUUCAAGGCCAACGCAGCCGUCGGCGUCAUCCCCAAAGCCACCACAAAGUCGGCGUUACGGAGGGAGGCUGCCGAGCGGGAAACACUGCGCCGCGAAUUCGUGCAGGUGCAGGAGGCCGUCAAGGCUACCGAGAUCGCCAUCCCCUUCGUCUUUUACGAUGGCAUCAAUACGCCGGGCGGCAUGGUGCGGAUGAGAAAGAGUGAUUUCAUCUGGGUGUUCCUCGACAAAAGCCGCAAGGUGGGCGCGGAGCUGGGCGUUGGCGACCAGAGCACACCGCGCAAAUCAUGGGCGCGAGUUGGCGUGGAUGACCUGAUGCUCGUGCGCGACACGGUCAUCAUUCCUCAUCAUUAUGAUUUCUAUUUCUUCGUCAUGAACAAGAGCAUCGGGCCGGGCGGCCAUCGGCUCUUCGGCUACCGCAACGAGGCUCCUCCAGUGCCCGAGACUCCUGACGCCGGAACCGAUAGUGUAGAUGCGAACCGCCUUGUGCUCAAGGCAUCAAAAGCGGCGGCUCCCGAUAUUAAGACACUCGAAGGCGCGACGGACGACCCGACGAGGACCAAGGUCGUAGAUCGAAGGUGGUACCUGAGGAACAAGCACAUAUAUCCGGCGAGCACCUGGCAAGAAUUUGACCCGGAGAAGGACUAUGCCAACGAGAUCCGCAAGGACACGGGCGGCAACACCUUCUUUUAUUCGAAGUGA